AUGUACCCUGCCGAUGUGACAAAAACGUCUCCACCGGCGACUGCCAGUGGUAAAAAGGUGUUCCUGAGCGACGCGGACCUCGACAAGAUGGCCAUGCUCCUCGUUGGAAAUCAGCAACGCUUCAGAGAAAACAUUAUAAUCCCCAGGAUACUGGGACCCGUGCAGAUAAAGUCUAUCGACGAAAAAAGGGUAGAGCGUGCGAUGGAAAGCUGUGUGUUCAAGAGUAUCAUGAGUUGUGUUAUUGGAUAUGGUUUGGGAGCGGCCAUCGGGUUGUUCUCUUCCAGCGUGAAUCCCAAUAUGACGAGUGUUGAGCAGCAACAGAGUGCACGAGAAAUAUUCAGGGAAAUGAAAACCACGACUCUCAGCUAUGCGAAAAACUUCGCGGUUGUUGGAUGCUUAUUCUCCGCCAUCGAGUGUACAAUCGAAUCGUAUAGAGGUAAAACCGACUGGAAGAAUAGCACAUACGCAGGCGGUUUAACGGGCGGACUAAUUGGCUUAAGAGCUGGAAUAAAGGCGGGUAUAUUGGGUGCCGCAGGUUUCGCGGCGUUCUCAACGGUGAUAGACUAUUACAUGAUACACAGAUCUUAGAUCGCGUAGCACAGGUUGUUGAAAGAUAUAUAUAUAUAUUUGUAUAAAAGAGAUAUAAAAAUCUAUGAAAUUAUCUAUACAAUUCCUGUAUAAAAACAUUGAAAUGUUUCUGUGGUGUAAAUAUGCUCGUAAAACUAAUAUCGUGUGACUGAAUUAAAAGCGUAAAAUAUA